AUGUAUACACCGUCACACUAUCUCGCAAAGGAAAAAAUACAAGAUAGCUUUGCGCUAAGCAAAGUAGAGCUUCCCAGACCGCAGCUGGAGGUUGUACAGGUCUUCAUCAACUACAGAGGGUCCCUACCUCGGAUACAAAACUUUGAACUAAAAGAGCGAAUGCCAAAGAUGAUGCUGUGGGACUGCUUAGAUGACGUGUACAGGAAACCAGAGGCCAAAGCUUUCAUCCGCGGGUGCUCAAAGUGCGAUUUCCGCAAACUGCAGUCCAUCUGGGUGCUCUCGGGCUCGGGUGAUGCCGGAAUUAGACUGGCGGAAGGGACCACGGAUAAGAAUAACUG